AACAAACGAAGUAGCACCAAGCGCAAACAGCUCGUCCGAUCCGACCGAGUUCAUGACGAUUGAUCACAAUGUCAUUAGCCGCCUCCUGGGAGUCGCUCGAAGACGCUCAACACAGUGAAUCACGGGUGAGAGAUUACAUGGCGGUGGACAGAGAUGAGGAUCAAAAUGCUCCGAGCUGAAGAGGCAGGGGAAGACGAGGCUCCAAGACUUGGACAAGGGAAGCAGAAGAACCCAGAUCCCCCGAUCAAAGAACUGAACCCACGAGCAGCAAGGCUAGACUCUGCAAUCCAUCCUCCGUCGGCCACCUAGAUGCAGAACAACCACCUGGGAAGAGCGAAGGGGAAAACCAGAGAAUCGAUUCACCACAAAAGAUGUUAAACCAACCAUCAUGAGAGAAGACCCAAGAUGCAAAACCCAGCCCCAAAGGAGAGCAAAUCCCAGCAAAAAACCCUAGAACAGGGGAGCGAAAUGCCAAGAAUGGCUUGAAAAGCUUGAAAGCAGAGUGAAAACAUAAAAAACAUAGACAGGGAAUUAAAGGGAGGUAGCAGGAAGAAAGAAAAAGGGGGUGGGCUACCGCCGGUCACCAAGAGAUGCCGGCGGCAGCCCCGGGGAGCUUCAGAAGCGAGAGGAAAGGAAGAGAGAGAUGAGAGCAAAUUUUCUGAAUUAAAGUUCCACUAAUGAGUAAUUAGUGGAUUGUGUAUGAAGAGGUUUAUGACAGUGAGUUCAAAUAUGAGAAAAAGGAGGGGGAGGGCUUCUCUUCUUCCUGGCUAGUUUAGUACUAGUAGCAGGGUUCAAGAAGGCGUGCCUAGGCGCACGCCUAGGCUCAAUUAGGUGCUAGGCGGUGGAGGAUCGCCUUGACUUGGCCAUAGGCGUUGUAAAAGGUGAUGGUAGCGCUUAGUAGGUAGAAAUAGCGCUUAGUUUGCGCCUAGUGGAGAGAAGGCGUUCCUAGACAAGCUUAGGCGGUUAAACCCAAUACUCUUUGUUUUGUCCUAGAAAAUCAUUAAAUUGCCUCUUGCCCUAGAAAAUCAGAAACACGGGAAGGGAUGACCAUGCUAUGUAUGUAUUCGUAGAUGAGGAUGAGGAAUCAUAUUGUGCACCCUUGAGUACUGGUACAGAUGCAAUGGCGGGUGAACAGAGUGAGCUUCGUAGGAGUGCACGAGUGAGAGAGCUCCAUGAUGAAGAAUUAGAGUCUGAAGAGGAGGAAGAGGAGGAGGAUGGUGAGGAGAUUGCUUUUGAGGAUGAUGAAGUGGUGGCUUGACGGACCUACUUGGAUGAUGAAGAAUGAACAUUUUCCUAUGAACUUAUUGACUAUGGUUUAGUAUUUCGACAUUUUAUGAACUUGUGAUUUUAGGAAGUGGUCACUAUUUGCUUGUUAUUUGUUAUGUUAAGUGUUUACUGUUAAGAACUAGGCAUUGCUAAUUUUAUAUGCACUUGGAUUAUAUGAAUUAUUCCAGAAAACAGGAAAUAUUUGAGAACUUUUUCCAUUUAUGCUCUAAACGCCUAGGCGCGCCUAGACUACACCUAAUCAGGCAAGACGCAAGUCAGGAGCCGAGCGCCUGCCCUACGCCUAGCGCCUUUUAGAACCUUGACUAGUAGUACACUAGUACCCAGUCUGAUAUGAAACCCAGCUGUAAGUUCAGCUACUAGGGGAACGUGAGAGCUUAGAGUUGCCACUUUCCCUGCACCUUUUCUCGGCAAAUGUCACUUUCGGUAGCAAAACAAACAUCAGCCUCACUCAUCAGCCUCACUCACCCACAUGCAUAUCAUCGUCACAACUAAAAUAUAUCGCCACUAGCUAGUACUAACAGUACAACUUGUGACCAAGAAAAGAGAAACAAAAUCAAUGUGAAAGAAAUAAUAGGCUAUUAUGUUUGAGUAUCUUUUUAAACCAAGCUUUCUCUAUUCCACUCGCGCUCACGUAUUUUUCAUGAGGAGAAUAUGUGUGUUGUUCGGUGUUUGGUGUAUUAGAGACUAUAAACUCCAAGUUUCUUUGUACACGAGUUUUAGCUAAAAUUCAUAUAUAAACCCUAAUUAGACUAUGUAUCCACCCAUUUAGUCUUUUACAGGUUUGAGUAUUGGACUCCAUAAUUUAAUCAUUUACAACUAACCCACACGAACAAAUACAUAGUAUAAUCCUUCGUGUGUUCUUAUUACGCCUCCUGCUGCUGCUGCAUUGUCGCUUGCUGGAUUGUUGACAGGAAAACUACAACCCAUGUAAUAGGAAUUAAUUUUACCAACGUAUUAAACAUUUAGAUAUUCUAUAAAAUUGAUGCCUAAAAUUAAUGAUACAUAAUCUUCGAUAUGUAAGUUAAUUUGCUACUCAAGUAAUCGGUUGACAUUUUCAUUUAUAAUAUAACCGCUCUAUUGUUCCCAAUUCUUUGAUAUAUACAUGACUAGAAACCAAGUUGCUUAGGUUUAUUUUAUUUUUUUUUUCCCACAAAUAUUUGUUAUGAGAUGUUGGAUACAUCAUACAUCUAGGAGAAUCUGCUAGCAAGCUACAACGUCAUUUUCUCGCUUUGCAUACAAUGAAAUUGGACAACAAUGUUUCUGUUAGGGCAUUAUUAUAUACAACGGGAAACAAUGUCUUUGAAUCCAAUCAACAAAGACUUCACCAUAACAAUAAAAUAAUAUACCCAACACAAGAAAGCAUUUUAAUUUAUUCAAUUAACAAAGACAGUUGACGGCGUUGGUGGUGAAAAUUGAAUUUAAUUACAUGUAUUAAUCCUUUUGAUAGUAAUUAGGUUAGGUCAUAGGCGGCUUCAUUUCUGUGUAUUUAAUUUAGCUGGGUAGUUCAUUUUCAUAAUAGUUGGUGUUGCUUUCAGAAAUAAGUAGAGGACCGUGGCCUGGAAGUUGGAGGGAAAUCCUUUGAAUUGAAAUCCGCAAUUAGUUGAACAUGUCUUUCGAAAGCAAUAUUAGUAGGCCUAGUUGGUAACCACUUACUCCUCUUCUGCAUUUUCCCUUUUGUUCUAUAAUUGAUGACUUAAUUGUAAUUGCGCAACAUUAAUUUAUCAGCCAUAUAUAUUUUGGAAAUGAUAAUCUUGAUUUGAUUUACUUUAAGCUAUUUAUCUUGAGUGGUUUAUUUUUGGGUGAAACAGGUAGGUAUGAUUUUCCUUUCGCUUUGUUCCGUCCUAACUCGCUCAAUUCUUAAUUUUUUUAAUCUAAAAUCUACCCAAUAUCUAGUCAAAUUACUUUUUUUUUAUAAAGAAGAUGAUUGCAU